AUACUUUUUAGAAAAAUUAAAUUCGCUUCCUUCUCUUUUACUUCUAGACAAGACGAAGAUCUAACAUUUCCCCUCACUCUAUUUAUUCCCUUCAUUUGCUCUCUCUUGUGUCAUCGCUCACUCACUCUCUCUCUCUCUCUUUCUCUCUUCUUCCCGUUUAGUCUCUGAGAAAAGGAGUGAGAGUGUGAGCCAGCCAACAAAAAUCCCCCAAACAUGAAGAACCGUUCAGCCGUCGUUGUCCUCUCCCUGAUCUGCAUCGUAAUCGCCGGCGUCGGAGGCCAGUCCCCGGCAGCUUCCCCAACCGCCACCCCGGCCCCGCCAACUCCCACCACCCCCACCGCCUCUCCUCCGCUCGCCGCCACCCCUCCCCCGACAUCCUCCCCGCCUCCGGCCUCCGCCCCUCCUCCGGUCUCCACCGCACCACCGCCGGCCACACCCCCACCAGUCAGCUCCCCGCCGCCGGCCACUCCACCACCCGCAUCUCCUCCGCCGGCUUCCCCUCCCCCAGCCACCCCGCCACCCGUAGCGUCUCCCCCUCCGGCCUCCCCGCCGCCGGCUACUCCUCCUCCGGCCGUUCCGCCGCCGGCUCCCCUCGCUUCUCCGCCCGCCACGGUCCCAGCUCCCGCUCCGGCCACGAAGGUGAAGUCUCCGGCUUCCGCUCCCUCUCCUUUGUCCUCAAGCCCGCCGGCUCCUCCCACCGGAGCUCCCGCCCCUAGCCUCGGCGCCACCUCUCCCGGUCCCGCCGGCCCCGGCACUGAUGUGAGCGGAGCGGAGAAGGCGAUGGCUGGAGUGACGGCUACCAUGGCGGCGUCUUUCUUCUGGUUGUUACUUUAGAGAGAGAGAGAGAGAAAGAGAGAGAGGGGGGAAAGAAUGGAGAAAAAACAAGGGUUCUUCUCGGCUCUGAAAGAUGAAGUGGUUCGUGGGCUUUCCCCAUCUCGCUCGCGCUCCCGUUCCCGUUCCUGCAGCCCUGCCCGAACCGCUUCGCCGUUUUCGGGUCUCCUCCGGCGGAAGAAGGGUUCCGGCGCCGCUAACUGCUACGUGUCCCAGCCGGAGCCGUUGAUCGGGAGAUCCGGAAGCUUGAGGCCGGUGGUUGGUGAGACGCUGACGCCGUUAAUGGAAGGCCCCAAUCCCGACGGAGAAGGGGACCCCAAGCCCGUCGGGUCGAGUCUGGGCCAGUGGAUGAAGGGUCAGCUGUCGAGGACGCCGUCAGUCGCCGCUGGCGCCGCCUACAGGAGGUCCGAUCUGAGGCUUCUGCUCGGAGUAAUGGGUGCGCCGUUGGCUCCGGUUCACGUUAGCAGCACGGACCCUUUGCCUCUGCUCAGCAUUAAAGACACUCCCAUUGAAACUUCCUCGGCUCAGUACAUAUUACAGCAGUACACUGCAGCAUCUGGAGGGCAGAAGCUGCAGAACUCAAUUCGGAAUGCUUAUGCUAUGGGGAAGAUCAAAAUGAUAACAUCAGAGUUCGAGACAGCCACAAAGGUUGUGAAGAAUCGAAAUGGUGCCAGAGGCGCUGAGACGGGCGGAUUUGUUCUCUGGCAGAUGGAUCCAGACAUGUGGUAUGUUGAGCUUGCAGUGGGUGGUAGCAAGGUUCAUGCUGGCUGCAAUGGCAAGCUUGUUUGGCGCCACACCCCAUGGCUGGGUGCCCACACUGCUAAAGGACCUGUUCGGCCUUUGCGACGUGCACUUCAGGGUCUUGAUCCGAGGAUCACAGCGAGCUUGUUUGCUGAUGCAAAGUGCAUAGGGGAGAAGAAGAUUAAUGGGGAGGAUUGCUUUAUGCUGAAGCUAUGUGCUGAUCCCCAGACAUUGAAGGCAAGGAGUGAAGGUCCAGCUGAGAUUAUAAGGCACGUUCUGUUUGGCUACUUCAGUCAAAAGACUGGACUUCUUGUUCACAUGGAGGAUUCACAUCUGACCCGAAUCCAAUCCAACGGUGGGGAUGCGGUGUACUGGGAGACCACAAUCAACUCUUUCAUGGAUGAUUAUAGGCCAGUGGAAGGCAUAAUGAUUGCACAUUCUGGUCAUUCCGUGGUGACCCUCUACAGAUUUGGUGAGAUGGCGAUGAGCCAUACCAAGACCAAGAUGGAGGAAUCUUGGAGCAUCGAAGAGGUGGCUUUCAAUGUCCCGGGCCUCUCGGUCGACUGUUUUAUCCCUCCCGGAGACCUGAGGUCCGGUGCCAUCAGCGAAAGUUGCGAGCUUCCUCUGGACGAGAGAGCGAAAGGCGCCACAUCGAUAGCAGCAGCAGCAUACCGGGCCAAAGUUGCAGCCAUCGAGAAGUGUCACGAUAUGCAGGUGGACAGCAAUCUGUGGAAGAUGGAGCUUUGAAAGUUGGUUUUGAGGGUUUAACACCAUGGGGGAAGGAAAAUCCAAAUUCAAAAAGUAGGGCAAUUGUUUAUAGUGAGUGGUGACUAGGUUUUUCUGCUGUUGACUAACCCAGUUUAGAAGAAUGGUGAUGGGUGAAGCACACUAUUAUUAUAUUAGGUCGUGGAGGAGGGGGUUUCAAGUCUUUGGUCUUUGUUUUGGUUGAGUCCUGGGACUUGGGUUAAAAAAUGCCUCUGUUAGUCUGUAAAUAGGAAGGAGCAUAAUCAUCAUUCUUGCAGGUCGUAACUAAGGGCGGCCUGGACUUUGAUAGAUCCUUAUGCUCUCUUAGGUGCAGAGUCCAACCUAGGUGAGUUGGAGGCUCAGUUUUCCAGUUAGGGAUUGUGAGCUAACGGAGGUGGAAUAUAUUUAUAGUUUUUCCACCCUCUUUUUAUUGUUUUUUUUUUCCCCCACUUGGUUUUCGCCUUCCAUGGUUUUGAGGGGAAGGUGGGUGGAAGGGAAGGAGUGUUUUGAGAUUUCAGGAACGUAGAAGGAAGGAGAGAAAGGAACACCAUUAUCAGCCCCAAGCCAGGCAGGCAGGGCAGGCAGAUAAGUGUAGUAAUUAUUGUUAUUAAUUAUUGCCAUCUUUUGAGCAUAAGAGACUAGAGAGCAGAAAAGCACAGAAGAAAGGGAAAAGAAGCUGCUAUUGAUUUUUCGUGCAGAGUUGCAUCAUUUUGUUUGUUGUUCUUCUGCGCUUGAUGGCGUGGAGAGAUGUAUUAGCAGUUUCUUUUUGGAAAGAAAAUGCUAGGUUGUGCAAUCAAUAAGACAUGAGGUUGAUAUAGAGUCUUACAAUUUUUCUAAGAUUUAAGAAGGCGCUAGGUGUAAGGCCGCGACUAUUGGAGUCUUGCCUGUAGCCUAGGCGUUGCCUAACCAAUGCACAGGCAUUAGACGUUCAGUAACUAACAUAAUACUUAACAACAAGAAAAGUAGCUUACAACUACAUGUAAUCACA